AUGCUUCUUCUCCUAUUUUCCACCGCCCUUUUCCUCUUCCUCUUCCAUGAAUUGUACUGGAAACGGAGAAAUCUGCCGCCUGGCCCGACGCCAAUUCCAUUUUUGGGAAAUGCCAUUUCGUUGGCCAAACCACAUCCCGGAUACGAGUGUUUUAGACACUGGACGAAGCAAUACGGAGAUGUUUUCACCUUCUGGCUGGGUACUCUUUCGUUUUUUUUUUUGUUGGGAAACCUAUGAUAGUUUCUAACUUUGCAGGAUCCGAGCCCUAUGUGAUCGUCAGUUCUUUGGAACAGAUAAAGGAGACUUUUGUGCGCGAUGCGGAAACUUAUGUGGACAAGAAGAGACAAGUGUUCCAGGAGCACUUCCGCGACGGAAACUACGGAAUCAUCGAGACGAACGGACCGUUUUGGAGGGAACACCGAAAGUUCGCACUGGCAAAUUUGAAAGAGUUCGGACUCGGAAAGGAUUUGAUGCAGCAGAAGAUAUUGAUGGAAGUCGAGGAGACGUUCAAAAAGUUCGACGCGCAUUUGGGCGAGGAGCAGAACGUUCCGAAGGUGUUCGAUAAGGCGGUGGCGAGUGUGAUCAAUCAAUUCGUGUGCGGAUACCGAUUUGAUGAUGGGAACGAGGAGGAGUAUCACAAGUUGGAGGAGUUGAUGGAGUUCCAGGAGAAAGUGUUCAAACAGUUCAAAGUUAUUAUGCAGGUAUUCGUACCGCAGCUGAAUCGAAUCAUGCCGGGACCGACUAUCGAAGAAAUGUAGGGAACUGUGCCGUUGUUCAUCACCGAAAUCUAGUGUUUUCAGAAUGAAAGACUUCAAAAUCGCGUUCUACAGCUUUUUCGAGCGGCAAAUCGAGGAGCAUCGUCAAAAGAUCGACUUUGACUCUGAGGAAAAUCUGGAUUACGCGGAAGCGUACCUAAAAGAACAGAGAAAACGGGAAGCCGAGGGCGACUUUGAGAGUUUCAACAACAAACAAUUGACGAACAUGUGUUUGGACCUCUGGUUUGCCGGACUUCACACGAUCACAAAAACACUGUCCUGGACAAUCAGUUAUGUGCUCAAUAACCCGGGAGUUCAGGAGAAGAUGCACGAGGAGAUGGACAGAGUGAUCGGAAGUGAUCGGUUGGUCACCACUGCCGACAAGAACAGUCUGCCCUACAUGAAUGCCGUCCUCAAUGUGAGUUUGACAUCUCUAAGGAUCACCUUCAACCGAACCAAAGUUUUAGGAAUCUCAACGAUGCGCCAAUAUCGUUCCUCUCAACGUCUUCCACAUGACCACCCGUGACACCACCAUCAAAGGAUUCGCAAUUCCACGUGGCACCGGCGUGAUCGCGCAAAUCAGUACGGUAAUGUUGGACGAGCGAGUGUUCCCGGAGCCGUACACAUUCAAUCCGGAGCGCUUUGUGGAUGCGGACGGGAAAUUGAGAAAAGUGGAGGAACUGGUGCCGUUCUCGGUUGGAAAACGGCAGUGUUUGGGCGAAGGGCUCGCCCGAAUGGAGCUCUUCCUCUUCCUCGCCAACUUCUUCAAUCGAUAUCGGGUUUGUGAGGGUGUUAGUGAUCUAAAUGUAUUGUACCCUUCCAGGUUGCGCCAUCAUCCGCCGGAGUGCCAGAUAUUGACAAAUCAAAAACGGCAGGCAUUCCUCCUAUCAAGUUCGAUGCAGUUUUAACAAAACGACACUGAAUAUUUGUUACUAUUUUCAAUCGUUUUGAAUAAAGUCGUCAUUAAUGUUCAAAUUCGAAGAAAGGCAGUGAUAAAGGAUUCGUUGUUUAGUUCAUCUCAUAGGCCGCAUUGCCGGUCUUCAUUUGCAUUCGUUUAUUUAAAUAAAAUGCAUUCAAACGAUCUCUUCCAACUACAACUCGACUAAAUCUAGUCAAAUUCUAGUCCGAAAACAUUAAACUAGACUACAAGUGCGUGAUUAUUCGCCCUACAAUCUACUCUGAUACUGGCUCGCCCAGCCAGACUCUACCCUCAUCACUUUUGCAUUCACUUUUUCUCCUAUAAAACGCCCGCACCACAAGUUUUUGAUUUCCAUUUCUUAUCAAUAUAAUGCUCACUGCUGCUCUCCUCGUCUUGCUCACUUUUUUACUGAUUCUCUCAUAUAGACGACGUGGCAAACUUUUGAAAUUUUGGCGGGUUCGUCAAAUUUGUGUACGCGAAUUCCGAAAGUUGAGAGGCCCGCCGACGGUUCCGAUUUUUGGAAGUACAUGGUAUUUCGAAAGGGAUCCUGUUGGUAGGUCAACUUUGGUACGCGUUAACUUUGUGAAUUUCUAACCUUUUUGCAAAGCUAAAAAACGAUUCGAUAGAAAAUUUAAUGCUCUAUAACUUUGUAGUUGAUCAUUUCUCACCUCUGCACACGUAGUUUGAGAUAUUUUGAGUUUACAGACCUCGCACUUUUUCAAGUGUUUGUAAAACUGAAAUAUGUCGGCGGAGGAGCGUGAUCGUGAAAAUUGUUUAACUGAAAAGUUGUAGAGCACAAAAGCAUCUUUCAAAUGAGCGUUGAACUUUUAGAAUUUGUCAAACAAGGAACAAGAUGGGUCAACGAAUAUUCGAAUUGUCCAGAUUCGGCGGGACUUUUAACAGUACCUUUAUUUUUUUUGAACUUUUAGCCAUCAAGAAUAAUUUUUUCCACAGUUUUGGUUCGGGCCGGUCCCAGUGGUCGGAGUGAAUCGAGGAGAAGUCGCCAAGGUUUGAAAAAGAAACAUUUUAUAGAAAAGGUUUGUUUGUCAGAUAAUACUCGACAGUUCUGUGAAUAUUACAAAGUCAAGUCAGUACGACAAACUGAAAGAAUGGAUCGGUGACGGACUUCUUAUCAGGUUCUUUCUUUCAAAAAAUAGAACACGGACAAUAUCUGUUUCAUGUUGAAGUACAAACGAAAAAUGGCGAUCUCGCCGGAAGAUGCUCACUCAAACGUUCCAUUUCGCAGUGCUCAAAGAAUAUCAAAAAGUUUUCGGCGCUCAGGGAAAAGUGUUGGUGAAUGUGCUCAAAUUGCGGGCCAACAAUAUGUAUCCCUUCGAUAUUAUGCCUUAUGUGAAAAGGUGCACUUUGGAUAUCAUUUGUGGUUAGUUCAAACUAAUUGACAAUGGGCAAACUUUGAAUGAGCACAGUUGCGUCGGAACACGCAAUUUCAGCCUAUAAAAGUUUAUGUGAAAUCUUCCCAUCUAGAACUACAAUAUUGCGCUAAAAAAAAUUUCAGAAACCGCAAUGGGCUGCUCACUAGGCAGCCAAAUGGGCUCAAGCGACGAAUAUGUGAACUCGGUGAAGAGAUUGAGCGAAUUGGUGUGGCUUUACGAAAAGUUUGUUUUGAAAAAUGUGUCUUUAAGACAAAUAUUUGCAGAAGCCCUCAAUACUGGCUUUCACCGAUUUGGUACCUGUCCGGUAAGGGUUUCGAAUUCGACAAACACGUUAAGCUAACCACCGAUUUCACGAGAAACGUGAUUGAAAAUCGGAAAAUCGAACUUAAAAAUAAGUCAAUUGGACAGAAAGUUGGCCAAGAAACUGAGACGGGGACUGAGAACCAAAAACCGAAAAAGUUGGCAUUUCUGGAUUUCUUGAUCACAUCGCAAGACGAUCAUCAACUGUCCGACGAGGACAUUCGCGAAGAAGUGGACACUUUUAUGUUCGAGGGCCACGAUACCACCUCAUCUGGGAUCACUUUCACGGUCUGGUUCUUGGGCCAGAAUCCGGAUUAUCAGCGGAAAGUGCACGAGGAAAUGGACGAGAUAUUCGGAGAGGAUUACGAAAGAGUUCCCGACGCGGAGGACUACAAACGGAUGGUUUAUCUGGAGCAGUGCAUUAAGGAGACGUUGAGGGUGACACCGCCUGUUCCGUUCGUCUCCCGAACUCUCACGGAGGACGUGCUUGUUCGUGAGUUUUUUGUUUCGCAGCUUUGAAUGGAUACUGUACGGUUGCGAAGUGUCCUAUCGUCUCAAAAUUUUCUGAGUAUACUCUUGACAUCCAGAACUAUAAUAUUGUUACAGUACUCUUCGGGUUGAUUUAAGAAAAAAGUUGUCAAAACUAAAUAUGUAGUACCACCCGUGAGCUUUGUUUUCGUAGUUGAUUACUUUUUUUUUAGAACCAAUCCCUGAGCUACUGUAGCGCUUACAAGGAGUGGCCGUGCGAAAAAGGUGUCAACUACAAAAAUACUCCAAAAGACAUACACGUUUCACGAAAACAUUUUGGCACCCAUAGGACGUUUCGCAACUGUACAGUAGCCCCGCAAAAUAUGCCAUUUUCUACACAUAUUGCAAUCCUCUAAAUUCCAGCCCAUCCAACGCAUAACGAGGUGGUUUUGCCGGCUGGCCUAAGCACCAUGAUCAAUAUAGUCUCAAUUAUGAAAGAUCCUCGAUACUUUGAACGUCCGUUCGAGUUCUAUCCGGAACAUUUCAAUCCGGAACGGGUCAAUGCUCGCGAAGCAUUCGCCUAUGUUCCAUUUUCAGCUGGACCCCGCAAUUGCAUAGGUACUCACAUUUUUUCGGGAGAAAACCACAACAAUAGGAUUUAAGGUCAAAAGUUCGCGUUAUUCGAGGAAAAAGCAGUGUUGUCGUGGAUUUUCCGUCAUUUUACCGUCGAGUCUCAGACUCGUUGGCCCGACGAUUUGCCGAUUCCCGAGCUGAUUCUGAAGCCGUCAAACGGAACUCCGAUUAUUUUGAAAAAUCGAAUAAAGUUGUGA